UGUGUCCCAGUUUUUUUAUUAUCAAUGGCCAGCACUCAAUCCGAGAUCGAGAUUGUGGUCGACGCAUCCCCCGUUGCUGCGCAAGAACACCGUCGCCUCUUCAUCAUCGUCGCAAAACGAUCCAUAUCGUCCGUCUUAACCAGGUUCCAUGCAGGUUACUUCAGAAUAAGUCUCUCUCUGGGAGGUCAAACCUUGCUAUGGAAGACGCUUAUCGAUCCAUCUCAUGGCUCAAACCCUCCUUGGCGUCUGCUCCAAACACUCCCUCCCCUGUGUUUCAUUCUCUUGUGGUCUCUGGCACUCUUCACUAAUGUUUUACUCUCUCUUCUAUACAUUUCCAGAUGCUUCUUUCGAUUUCGCAUGGUGGAGGCAGAGUUCUUGCACCAUGUUGGGGUUAACUACUUUUUUGCCCCCUGGAUUUCGUGGUUCCUCCUGCUCCAAUCUGCCCCUUUCGUUGCUCCAAAUACAGUUUCCUAUCUGGUUCUGUGGUGGGUUUUCGCAGUUCCGGUCGUGACGCUGGACGUGAAAAUCUACGGACAGUGGUUUACCAAAGGAAAGCAGUUUCUGACCCUGGUGGCGAAUCCGACGAGUCAGUUGUCGGUCAUCGGAAACCUGGUAGGGUCACGAGCGGCAGCUCAGAUGGGGUGGAAAGAGAGCGCUGUUUGCUUGUUCUCGCUUGGAAUGGUUCACUACUUGGUGCUUUUUGUAACUCUUUACCAGAGAUUGCCCGGAGGCGACCGUCUCCCGGCGACUCUGCGGCCGGUUUUCUCUCUGUUCGUUGCAGCGCCGAGCAUGGCGAGCUUGGCUUGGGAAUCCAUAGCUGGACGCUUCGAUACGGCAUCGAAGAUGCUGUUGUUUCUGUCGCUGUUCCUCUUCGCGUCUCUGCUUUGCAGGCCAACCCUGUUCAAGAAAUCAAUGAGGAGAUUUAGUAUUGCAUGGUGGGCUUACUCUUUUCCAGUAACCAUCCUGGCCCUAGCUGCCACGGACUAUGCAGAAGAGGUGAAGACUGGCAUCGCACGUGGUCUCAUGCUCCUUCUAACCGCACUCUCUGUUCUAAUCUUCAUGAGCUUGACCCUCCUCACUGCAUUCAACUCCAGAAUGCUUUUACCGGACGACGAUCCCAUCGUUUGUCUUUCUGUUCAUUAA